UUUUCCACCCCGGUCCCUCCCUCUCUUCUACAUCCGGAUCCGCCACCUCCACUGCGUUUUCCUACGGAACCACCUCGAAGCUCGACAUCACGGCCGGCCGGAACGGAAUUACGGAAGGACCCGUGGUUUCGCCGGUGUCUUUGCCGCAGAACAAGUCGAUCCGAUCCACGACAAGUCGCCGUCUUUGCCCACUUGGUUACAGAGAAUUUUCAACCGCAUGCAGUUUGAUUCAUGUGAACAAAGAGCGGCACCGAAUCCAAUCUAAUCCGGUUGAAGACUUUCUCGCCGAGCUGGGCCGAUCGACGGACAUGGAGAUGGACAUGGAGGGGGGCUCGCAGCCGCAGCCGCAGGGCGCCUCGCUCUCGCCGGCGCCGUUCCUGAUCAAGACGUACGAGAUGGUGGAGGACCCGGCGACCAGCCGCGUCGUGUCGUGGGGCCCCGGCGGCGCCAGCUUCGUGGUGUGGAACCCGCCGGACUUCUCCCUGGACCUGCUGCCCAAGUACUUCAAGCACAACAACUUCUCCAGCUUCAUCCGGCAGCUCAACACCUACGGUUUUCGGAAGAUCGACCCGGAGCGAUGGGAGUUCGCGAACGACGACUUCAUCAGGGGCCACAUGCACCUCCUCAAGAACAUCCACCGGCGCAAGCCGGUGCACAGCCACUCACCGCAGAACCAGGUGAACGGGCCGCUGGCGGAGUCGGAGAGGCGCGAGUACGAGGAGGAGAUCAGCAGGCUCAAGCACGAGAACGGCCUGCUCGUGGCAGAGCUCCAGAGGCAGGCACAGCAGCAGUGCGGGCUCAGCUGGCUGAUGCAGUCGCUGGAGGACCGGCUGACGGCGAUGGAGCAGCGGCAGGCGGACGUCGUGGCCUCCGUGCGCGACACCCUGCAGAGGAGACGGGGCGGCGUUCAUCCAGGGCAGGAGACCAUGAUGCUGGAACUGGGGCCGACGGACCAUUUCAGCAAGAAGAGGAGGGUUCCGACGAUCGGUUUCUUCGUCGAGGAGCCCGCCGAGGAGCAGCGGGUGCCGCAUCUGCGGGCGAUGGGUGGUGAGACGCCGGGCAUGGUCAUGGUGAACGCCGAGCCCUUUGAGAAGAUGGAGCUGGCCCUGGUCUCCAUGGAGAAGCUCGUCCGGAGGGCCGGCGACUAUGCGUCGUCCUCUGAAGACAUGUACAACGCCGCCGCCGCCGCUGCGCCCAGCACCGAUGAUCCGGCUCAUGCAGAUCUGCAGGCGGCGCCAGUGGAGACCGGAGCAAAUCUUCAGCCGUCUUCACCGGAGCUAGCGGAGUCUCCGGGUUACGCUGUCCAGAGUCCAAUGCUACUAUUCCCAGAAAUUCACGAAGACAAGUGCAAUACAACGGCCGAAGUCGACAUGAGCUCCGAGGCCAGCACCACAGACGCUUCGCAGGACGAGACGACCGCCGAGGCCGAGGCCGAGACCGGAGUUCCCCAUGAACCGGCCGUGGCGAACGAUCUGUUCUGGGAGCGGUUUCUCACGGACACGCCCAAGCCGCUAGCCGUCGAGGAAAGCCAUGGACCCGAGGACGAUGUGAAGACCGGCCUAGACUGCUACUGGUUCGGUCACCGGAACAACGUUGAUCAGAUCACCGAGCAGAUGGGGCACCUCGCUUCUGCUCAGAAGACCUGAUGGCUGGCCUACCAUUUCCGCUCGUGUAUAGCCCAUCUGUAAAUUAUAGUUUAGCCUAGCCUGUCUCACAUGCCC